AUGUCACUCCAUUUUGCAAGUAGGGAAGACUUGUUCAUUUUUCAGAAUCCAGUCGUGUAUGCGCAUACCGAUUGCGGGUACUGUCAUGGAUCUAAACCUGACAAAAAGUACGGGUUCUCUCUGGAGUCGUUCAGAUCACACCGAUCCAGAUUGAUCUCUGUGGAUUAUCCCCGAUCUGUUACCAUUGGAGUUCCAAUUUCGGUCAUAUCUUGUGAGAGAUACGAAAGAUUCUUGAAUCUCGGGUAUAGGCGAAGUGGGACCUUUUUGUACAAGAUGGAUGCACUGAGAGGUUGUUGUCGCAUGUACCCCAUCAGAACCAAUCUGGAUAGGAUAAAGCUGAACAAAGAUCACAGACAUACUGUUAACAGGUUUACGAAACGCGUCUUAGGAACUGAGAUUGCUACUAAACAUAAUCGGCCUUUUAGUCUGGACGGACUAAUUGAGGCUGAAUCAGAAUGUUCCGCUUCCAGGUUCCACACAAUCAUCGAGCCUGCAGAUUUCUCCGAGGAAAAGUUCAAAUUGUAUUGCAAAUACCAAAUUCAGGUCCACAAAGAUAAAGAAUCGGAUCUCAGUACCAAGUCGUUUACAAGAUUCUUGUGCAAAGCUCCCUUUAGAACCGAGAACAUCGAUUACGUCGCUCUGAACAAUUGGAGAAAAGGAGGAAAUAUUGACCAAUUACGGAAGAUGAAGGGCGCAAUUCACGAAUGUUACUAUAUCGACGAUCAGCUGGUUGCAGUGGCAGUGUUAGAUCUGCUUCCAAAUAGCGUAUCGUCAGUAUACUUCAUAUGGGAUCCGGCAUAUGCAUCGUUAGGCCUGGGAACCCUCAGUGCUCUGAGGGAAGCGCUCUUCACCCAAAGAUGUGGAAAACAGUGGUAUAUGAUGGGCUAUUACAUAGCAGACUGUGUCAAGAUGAAGUAUAAGGGCAAGUUUGGAGGUGAAAUCUGGGACCAAUGCAGUAGCCAAUGGGUGGAAUUGGCAAAGGUAAACCAUCUGAUAGAUGAUGGGCGAUUGUGCGUUUUUUUCAGCCCCGAGAAGGAGAUUCCCUCCAGAGAGCUACCGAUGAAGCCGUCAACUGCAUCUCAUGAAGCCAAGUAUUAUGAUAUCGCCGAGACCAUAUACAGUACGAAUGGCGUGGCAUACAAAGACGCACUGCGCGUUCUCGAAACUUUGGGCGAGAUCAACGGCUUGGAAGACUAUUUUGAAGAGAAUGAAUUCAAUCUCUUUGACCAGAAGGUGGUGAGUGAAGUGUACUCGAGUGACGUGCUACCACGAGUCUGUCCCGGGCUAACUCCCUUAUGGCAAAUCAAAGAGCUGAUAGAUUCCAAAGCUUUGGAAAACAUCGAGGAUUGUCAGCGGAACCCAUUCGUUCAACCAGGAUUGAGCCUCUCCAAGUGUAACCCCGAUGAAACGAAACAGGUAGUUGAUUUCGUCCGGCUAUUUGGAAUCGACGAACUCAAAGACAUACUAUUUGUAUAA